AUGGCGCAGUCCGAUCCAAAUAUCCCUCUGCCGGAUAGUGCGAACUUUUUCAGUAUAUUACCGCUACAAGCACUACAUGGCCCUGUUGAAUUGGUAAUUCCUACUACUGGUCGCGAUCUUGCUUUUCGAACUAGUGGCAAGAAAAAUCGAGGAUGUAUUGUGAUGUUAUUGUACACCGCCACUGGCGAAAAGAGCAGUAUCGAGAUUCCCUUUGUACACAUCGAAAGUUUUGCGUUAUUAACAAGUGGAAGUAAGCCAGCAAUUGCUAUGCACCUUUCCGAGUUUGCAGCCAAGAACUUGGCGCUCAGAUUGGGCACACGUGAUAAAAUUGAGCACAUAAUGCGAGGUUUCGGAGAAGGAUGCGAUUUCGCUCUGCGGAAGCUGGUUUUCGUUCUUCAGCCAUACAAAGAUGGCGUGUAUGUGCAGAUUGGAGUGGACAAUCCGCAGUUCUUCGGAAUUGAAGAGCUCCACAAGCGGAUCAACGCAUGGGUGAGAUUUGUGCGUAACCGAGAUCAAUUAGCGAAAGAACAACGUCAAGCAGGCCGAAAUAGCUACAUAACCACAACGGCAAACCCGUCGAAUUUCCUAGUAUCUUGUACACCAGAAGAGUGGUUGGAGCUCCUUCGAUCCAUACAUCUGUUUCUCAAUUCGGACAACGACUGCGACAGCGCUCCCUAUAGAUAUAGACCGCCGGACCCCCGACCAGUCCACGCGCAUAAACUCAAAAUCCCCAAGUUAGUAAGUAAGUCGCAACAGGAACUGUCCGUCGACGAAAUGGACCCUAAUGUUCAGUUGAAUAAAAGGAUCAGACCGAUGGCUCAGCCGCUUUACGAAAAUGGGCAAUCACCGGGUGUUGUGGUCAAUUCUUCAAACAACGUACAUGGAGACGAGUAUGAACAACGUUAUGAAUAUCAACCAGUGCAAGUCGGAAUGGGCAAGCAAUCUGUGUCCCACAUCGUACCUAUGAAAGGACGGAAUUUCAGCUCCUCGAGCACGUUUUCGCACUCGGGGACAUCUAUACAGCAAGCCGUUACCAGCAUCCAACCAGCCCAAUGGCAAAUUGUGCAACAAGGGACAGUGAUGCAAAUUCAAGCACCAAACUCUCAACCACAGUACGUCGUAGCUAGCGGGGCACACGGUGCACCAUUACGUGCGCAGCAGGUGGUCGUGCAGGGAACACCACAGCGAACAUCAGUUGUUUACCAAGUGGCUCCCCCAAAUCAUCCGACGUCUAUAGUCAGACAAGGAACUCCGGAUAAGACCAAGGGAAGUCCCUCAGGUACGCAGUUACUGAUAGUAAAUCAUGGCAGUCCUGGUCGAAUCACCAAUGUCCCUUCUGCCCAAUCUGCUCUAACUACUCUGAAAAGAUCAGUUCGUAGUACUCGUUUGAAAAAGGAGGUAGAAACAAUAGCGCUUGAUGACGACGAAGAGACAUGUGGAGCGCAUGCCUCAUCCUCGUCAGGAGCUGCCAAUGAUGGCGAAAAUGGAACAGGCGAUCAAGAUAAUGGCGAGCCCUCCGAGAAGAAGGCUCGUCUGGAAGAAUGCAUUCGAGACGAAGUGCUUCUCGUUUUUCCACGUGGGGAAAGUGGAGCAGUUUCUUUACACUUUGAGGAUUUGCGGGUCUUAGCUCAUGGCGAAAUGCUUAAUGAUAAUAUAAUAGAGUUCUAUCUGAAGUAUAUACGUGCCAAGCUUGUUCGAAAGGAGAAGAGAGACAAAGUUUUCGUGUUCAAUACGUUUUUCUACCAGAAACUAACAGAGAAGCAACCGUCGAUCUCAAUUUUAAACAAGAAUCAUCGCAGUUCCGUAGGAAGAUUCGAAUGGAUAAAGAGGAAUUUUUCAAAAGUGAAGUCAUGGACAAAGAAAGUGGACAUUUUCAACAUGGAUUAUAUUGUUCUGCCUAUAAACGAUGAAAUGCACUGGUAUCUUGUAAUUAUUGUGAAACCCGCGUUGGCUGUCGUUCCCAAACGAACGGAAGAUGUUGAUUUGGCUCGGAAACGUGGUUCUUUCCGAGAGAAUCCUGAUACAUUUGUAGUGGUUCUCGACUCGCUUCCUGAUCCGAACGACGUGAAGAGGAAAUGUGUGUUGGAUAUUUUGAGAGAUUAUCUUGAGUGUGAACUUGCUGAUAAGCGUGGGGCACAAGAAGAGCUGUACUUGGACCGAACUCGUAUUGGUGCUCUAUAUCCAGUUGGUGUACCGCAUCAAGAAAAUUACGUCGAUUGCGGGCUUUAUCUUCUGCAGUUUGCUGAAGCGUUUCUAACAAAACCUCCUUCUGGAAAAAUGCUGAAACAAGGUGUACGCUGGAAGGACUGGUAUCCAUGGUUUGAUCAUUCAAUGUUCUUUAUGCGUGAGAAAAUUUGUAGACGGUUAAAGGGUUUAUGCAGUGCUAAGGCUUGGCAACGACUGGAAAGCUAUGAACACCAACAAGGUCGCGGUGUCAACGUAGAGACAGCUACACUCAUGAUCGACCGCGCUCGAAGACCUCGACGACACAGCGAAUCUCGAUUACAUGAACCGCAUCCGAGGGCCCGAAAGAGAACCCAUUCAGAGCCGCCUAACAUAAAGAAAUGUGCACCACCUGCUCCACGCAUGGUUCCAUAG